AUGAUUAUAAAGCUACUAGUGAUGAUGUACACGAUAUGUGCAAGACUUGAGUUGAGUGAUAUAAAAAGCAUAGGAGAAUCCGUAGUUAUUGAAGAAGGUAACUUGGUAAUACAUCCAGAUGGAUCACUUAGUCCAUCCAGAGCAGACAUUAUGCGCAAGUGCGAAUAUAUACAUAACAAACGAUUAUAUGCAUACGAAAUAGACACGAUGCAUAAAUUGAUAAAAACAUAUGAAAAUGGCGAAGAAAUUUAUGAAUACGAAAAAGAGCCAGUCAAAGACAAAGCGUAUGAUGAUAUAUAUGACCCGAAAAAAUUUAAAGCAAAGAAUGAUUAUUUUCUUAGAUUUCAUACACAUCUAAUCAAUAUGUUUCCAUGCGCGGAUGGUGCACUUUCCAUCAUAGCAGGAAGACUGGAUGCACCCACUUCUUUUCUGCUAAAAGAUGAAGUGCAGCCACAGAGUAUGAACAUCCUGGCAGCCCUUUUCCUCCUGUCUGAGCAGGUGGAUAUUCCUAUUACUGUAAAAGAAGAAAAAGGAAAAGAGAAAAAACUUAUUCUGACAAGUGUUAACAGAGAAACUGCAUAUAUUGACCAGAGCCUAGUACUUUAUGUAAACAAGAAAAAUUCAGAAGAAAAAAUUAAAACUUACCAUACAGAAACAGUUAAACUUAUUAACUUUAUGAAACACUAUGCAGGAGAUGCAAUAACUUACAUACAAAAAGAAGGCUACACUGAGCCAACUACAUAUGAGCAGUUCAUGGAAGGAAAGUUCUUAAGUACCGUGCAGUUCCUUAUUCAGUCGUACAUAUACGAGUUUAUUGAUACAAAAGAAAAUUACAUUAAAUUUGUAAAUGCUGUAUAUACUCUUUUGAAUGACCAGAUAGUAAAUGACAAUAAAUCUAUUUCAAAAAAUAAAAAAAAGUCAUACAAAAGAGUAUUUAACAAGUGCUUUAUACAAGAAAGUGCACGGAAAAGUAAAAUCGACCACACUAAGAACAUUUGCGAUCUUAAGGAUACAAUAGACAAGUAUAGAAUAUUUCCAUUCAUGGAUUCAUCACAGCUUCCAUCUUAUGAUCGGGUUAAAGCAUAUGAUCGGGAAAAGGACGAGUUCAUAAACGAUGAAAGCAGAAAGUACUCCAACUGUGUAGAAGCAGCUCUGCUAGGACUUGUGUGCUGUUUAGUAUAUGAUCCAAAUAAAAAGAAGUACAAUACAGACCAUCUGCCCGACAAUGAAGAAACUAAGCCACUGAAAGACUUCUUUAAAAAGUAUUCUGAGCCAAGAGAAACCACUGACUAUGAAAUGCACGAGGAUUGGUGUAGAGUGAUAGCAGACUUGAAGAAUGGCAAGAUUCUUUACUUAAAGGAGAAGAAUGAGCUGGACAGCAGUUUGUUGAAUAUUCUCUAUGUUGUAUCGGACAUAACUGGAAGCAAAGAAGAAGUAGUUAAAGAAAUUAAGUGCUUAGAAAAGCUUCUUUCUAAUAAGAAUAUUAAUGAUAAGCUUGAUAUAGAAGAAAGCUUGACUACAAUGUUCAAGGAGCUAUCAAAUAACAAGAAUCUUGAUGUAGAGUGUGACAAAUUUACAGUAGAUACACGAGAAGAUAAUAAUCUGGACUUAUUUGGUGAGUUUAAGCUAAUAUAUACUUUUAAUGAGAAAAAAAAUGGAAUAUUAGUGAAGAUAACUCCUGGUCAUUCCUCAUUAAGCUUAUUGGAAGACCUAUUAUCUAGUGAAGACAAAAAUAUUAUUAAAAAAAAGUUGACUGAAAUGCAAAAUACUUAUAGUAAUAUAGAGAGUUACACUGCAUACAUGAUGCGAUCCGCCUGGAGAUAGGCGCACUAUCUCAAGUAUCGACAGACAGUUUGGUCGAUGCGCUUCUUGGGGGGAAGUUACCUAAACACGCAUGGAGGACUCUGUUCCGGGACUAUCCCGAGACUAAGGCCCAGUGCGUAGACCGUAGCGUGAGUACUACUCGCGCGGUGGCACGUUAUCUCAGUGCCAUCAUCCCAUUGAGGAGUGACCGUAUAAAGUCCUACUUUAUAAGCCACGUUCCUCCACCCCUAGCAGUCAAAGACAUUAACUUGUUACG